AUGCUGGAGGGCCCAGCGCCGGAGGAGUUGGAGGCGGGCUCCCCGGCGCCGUGCGCGGCGUCCUGCCACGCGCAGCGCGUCCUGCAGACCCUGAACGCGUACCGGCGGAGCGGCACCCUCACCGACGUGGUGCUGCGCGCCGGCGGCCGCGACUUCCCCUGCCACCGCGCGGCGCUCAGCGCCGGCAGCGCCUACUUCCGCAGCCUGUUCGCGGCCGGGCGCCCGGAGCACGGCCUGGCCGUGGUGCCCGUGGCGCCCGUGGCCUCGGAGGCGGCGCCCGGCGCGGCGGCGGCGGCGCUGGCCGUGGUGCUCGACUACGUGUACGGCGCCGGCGUGCGCCUGCGCGCCGAGGACGAGGCGGCGGCCGUGCUGGCGCUGGCCGAGCGGCUGGGCGUGGCGGGCCUGCGCGAGGCCUGCGCCCGCUUCCUCGAGGGCCGCCUGCGCGCGGCCAACAGCCUGGCGCUGCGCCGCGUGGCCGCCGCCUUCUCGCUCGCCUCGCUGGCCGAGCGCUGCGGCCGCGUGCUGCGCCAGGCCUUCGCCGAGGUGGCGCGCCACGCCGACUUCCUGGAGCUGGCGCCCGACGAGGUGGCGGCGCUGCUGGCCGACCCGGCGCUGGGCGUGGCGCGCGAGGAGGCGGUGUUCGAGGCGGCCAUGCGCUGGGUGCGCCACGACGCGCCGGCCCGCCGCGGGCAGCUGAGGCGCCUGCUGGAGCACGUGCGCCUGCCCCUGCUGGCGCCCGCCUACUUCCUGGAGAAGGUGGAGGCCGACGAGCUGCUGCAGGCCAGCCGCGAGUGCCGCCCGCUGCUGCUGCAGGCCCGCGCCUGCUUCAUCCUGGGCCGCGAGGCGGGCGCGCUGCAGGCCCGGCCGCGGAGAUUCAUGGAGCUAGCUGAAGUGAUCGUGGUCAUCGGUGGUUGCGACCGCAAGGGGCUCCUGAAGCUGCCCUUCACUGAUGCCUACCAUCCAGAGAGCCAGCGCUGGACCCCACUGCCCAGCCUUCCAGGCUACACACGCUCAGAGUUUGCUGCCUGUGCUCUCCGCAAUGAUGUCUAUGUCUCGGGAGGCCAUAUCAACAGCCGUGAUGUGUGGAUGUUUAGUACUCCUCUGCACACCUGGAUCAAGGUGGCCUCACUGCUCAAGGGCAGGUGGAGGCACAAGAUGGCAGUCAUGCAGGGGCAGCUGUUCGCGGUGGGCGGCUUUGAUGGCCUUCGGCGCCUGCGCAGCGUAGAACGCUACGACCCCUUCUCCAACACCUGGGUGGCCGCUGCGCCGCUCCCCGAGGCCGUGAGCUCGGCAGCGGUGGUGUCCUGCGCGGGCCGGAUCUACGUGAUUGGGGGCGCUGGGCAGGACGGUGUCAGCACAAACAAGGUGCAGUGCUUUGACCCCAAGGAGGACCAGUGGAGUCUGCGAUCACCAGCACCUUUCUCACAGCGGUGUCUCGAGGCUGUCUCCCUUGAGGGCAUCAUCUAUGUGGUGGGGGGCCUUAUGAGCAAAAUCUUCACCUAUGACCCUGGCACAGAUGUCUGGGGGGAGGCAGCUGUCCUCCCCAGCCCUGUGGAGAGCUGCGGCGUGACUGUGUGUGACGGGAAGAUCCACAUCCUUGGUGGGCGGGAUGAUCUUGGGGAGAGCACUGACAAGGUCUUCACCUUUGACCCCAGCAAUGGGCAGGUGGAGGCCCAGCCGUCCCUACAGCGCUGCACCAGCUCCCAUGGCUGCAUCACCAUCAUUCAGACCCUGGGCAGGUGACUCAGACUUGAACAGCCUGAGCCAGGAAGCAGAGAAAGGAGGGGGAAUUCAGGCUCACCACUGCCCUCCUCAUGGCACCUCCAUGUAUAUAGCCCCUUAACUUAUUGCCCCCCUUUCUUGUAGAAAUAAAACCUCCUUCAAAGGUUGGAUCUGUGUUCCAGCUCAAGCCUGC